CUGCGAUGUCAGCUUUAAUCAGGUGGUCCCUAAGGUUCCGUGACCUACGACCACUUACACACCGGGUACUUGCCAUGAUGCCGUCCACCAAUUCGGAGUUUACUCCAUAUUUAUCAUUGGAUUUCAUACUGGACUAUACAAUCUAUCCAUUCACCUUUCCUCUUCUCAUUAUGCGAUAAUUUUCAUCCAGUUUUACUACCUAGAGCGCACAGUUGGUACCGAUACACGCACAGUGAUCUGGAGCAUGGGAUCGGUUCACAUACACCGACAGCUCAACGAAAUAUGAUGGUUGACAGGACCUGUGGUCGGUUCAAACACACCGACAGGACAAAUAUGCCAAGAUGUCUAUCCUAUCUAGGAGACUUGCGUGUGCUCAUAAAUAAGGGAUGCCCACUCCUCUCCUUUUUUUCUUUAUGCCUCUGUGUGGAUACCUGUUGCCAAGGACAACGACAGACGGAACAGGUCCCCCCACUCUCUUUUUUUCCCUAUGGGGAUUUCACAUUCUCUUCCUCACAACAACACCCACGAAUGGUGAAUAGACUUACCAAUUACUCACCUCAGAAAAAGCCCCGCAUGGAUACGCUCAUCGCUCACUACCUCUGAAGCUGCUGAGUAGUCCCAGUUGCAAGGUCGCCAAGGUACGGACGCACUGGUUGCCAAGGACGCGACUCACAGUACGCAUGAGCAGCUCAUUCUCUACAUUCCACAGGCCCAUUACGCAUGCGCUAAUGACGGAGAGAGGUUUCCAUGGUAGCAAUGACGUCAUUUAGACGCCGCUACCUCCUCUCAACCCGGAAGCGUUGCUAACAGCCGCGAAUCUCUUCAGUAUCACGCUGGAUCGGCGUCUCUGCAACACAGGCAUCAUGGCGAGGAAACCGGAAGCAUUUCACGUCUACACGCCCCUGCAUGUAUACUUUUGUUAUUUUCACACUUUAUAUGAUCAGUAUCUAAUCUCUGAUCACUGUAUUACAUGUAUAUACACUUUGAUACUUUAUACGUUAUGUAAUGUUCAAGAUAUUCACUGUGAUUUUGUAUGCACCUGGUUUACUUAUGUAAAUUGUUUUGCUAAUUAUGUCACAUGACCGAAUGGGAGGUCUAUUUAUACCCACCUAUGUCACUAUCAGUUACUUGAGAAAGCCAGUGAGAGACUGGUGAAACGUUGUCUUUGCACAUGCUGGAAUAAACACCACCUUAUGCAUUAUUGUGGAGUGCUGCAUCAUCUUUACUUCUCUGGAUUGAGGAACCAGUGGACCCAGGUUCUAGGAAUGCGUGCACCCCAUCUCCUUUUUCAUUUUCUUCUCCUACUCUGGACAACUGAGGUGCUGCCUUUAUCUUUUUGCUGUUUGAAGGUCGACAGGCGUGCACCCAGGUACAUCAUGGAUACACAGAUGGAUACUAAUAUAGAAACAAUCUCUACUCCGCAUUCCACAGAUGUGUUUUCCUAUAGCAAAGUGGACGCUGAUCGUAUCUUGGGGAGUUUGACAAUCAACACCUCUUUUUUACAUAACCCAUCCAAAAUUGAUUUAAAACGGUCCUACGAAAGUGAGACCAAGAAACUACUCACUGUUCAACUCCAUCUUUCUACCCUAAGUGAAUACUACCGCACCAGGAGAAUUCCGAGAGGCAUGAGAGCCCAACCUAGGACCAACGCAUUUACCAAUGACACAGAUUUUCGUACUUGUUAUGAAGCUAUUUCCAACAAAUAUUCACUGGAUCUUAUACUUCUGAACAUAGAAUUUUUGCAACGUGAUAUGGCUACACUAAAAACUAAAGUAACCGAGGUAGAAAUAGCCCUAAAAGCAUCCCUCACAGAGGAGGAAUGGCGUGACCUAUCUGACAAACAACAAGCAUAUUUGGAGAAACAACGCGUACAGAUUGAGGAAACAAAAAGACAUAAAUGGUUCCGUGACUGCCAGGACUACACUAAUGGACAUGUUUAUACUUGGGAAAAUACCGUAUCUACUUACAAAAGAUUUCAAAAGAGAAAUGAGACAGACAUAGAAGAUGGAACAGUAAGACAAGAACAACAAGGACAUAACCGACAAAACAAGCAGAAUCCUUUUUUAGUGCAUAUGCCGCCCGUCGGGGGCGGCCAAGAAGAGGAGGGCGCAAACACCAACGAGGUCGCAAAAACCAGAGCACAGAAGUCGGGUCGUACCCAACAGCACAAGCAAACUCAACAACAAAGGAAGAAGUAACACCAAAAAAAGCAGAGACUGUGGUAAAUAUCUCCUCUACUAUACUUACUGAACAACAAUUGUCUUUAUUGUCAAAA